AUAAAAUUAUGCCACCAUAUAAGCACCAUUAGACCGUACCAUCCUUAUGCAACGUAUGCUCUUUAUUAGGACUCAGCCACUAAUUGCACAAUGCUGUGGAACUAAGAAUGAGCACGACUUUGUACCACACCCAUGAAUACAAUGUCCUGUAGGCCUUUGGCCUCAUCAGCAUCAUGAAAAAUGAUUGAUUGAUUGACUCAAAUAUGAUGACAUAUUCUCAUUGACCUAGUACAAGACCACGACCUCAGCUGUUGGCAGGAGUUAAACUCAUCUAUGCAGGACUUCAAACAUGGCACCAUGGACUGUCUCAGUGUCUUGUAGCCUGGUAGUGCUAACCCAGGUCUACAUCACCAUCUCCCGUGAGUGUUCUGUGCACUGCCUGGCUUGCAGUUCGGACGGCAGCUGCGUGAGUUGUUUGGCGGGGUACUAUGGCGUAAACUGCACUACCUGCAGCCCUCAGUGCAACAACUCGGUGUGUCUGUUCGAGCUGUGUGCAGAAGGGUGUGUGAAAGGCUUGUACGGCUACACGUGUGACAAGGACUGCAGACAGUGCGAGCAUGGUUGUGAUCAGUGGAGAGGGACAUGUAUAGACCAAUACAGUGCACCAACUACCCCGUACUUCCUCGCUGGCAAAGAAAACGUUCCUCUACAUGUGAGUUAUAAGAUCAUGAUCGGUAUUAUGUCCAUAGCUGGAGCUGGCGUUCUCUGCACCAUCUGUGUAUUCGUGAAAGAAAAGAGGUUUCGAUACACCACCUUCAACACUGUGUUUCGCCGGCGAAGACACCGGCCAUUACGCAUGAGACGCAUCCCAAGAAGUAACAGUACCCAUGAUACAUUCAUAUCGGAGACCAUGUCUAAUAGCAUAACUGUGUUGUCAACAGACAAUAUCGCCUCUUGCGACUUUAAAACACAAUCACUGACUUCUUCCAAUUCUCUCCCAAUUAGCACUAAAUCUAAAAUAGUACCCAAUAAUAACAAACAGAAUGUACACAUCCUCAUCUCUCCACCAUCCCCUUGUAAAUCCCCUGUUUCCGAGCAGGUGGACCACCCUCCUCCCUAUGUCUCCUUGUUUCCUUGAUUGGGUUCAAGGUUACACUAUUUGGUACCGUUAGUUCUUCUGGUCCUUGAAAUAGUAUAAAGGCAGACCACAUUUCUUCCAAGAGUGGUUUGAAUAGGUGCUGAUGCUUGUUGCUAUGUGCUCUGGUUACCAUAUUAAAAACCGUCAAGUGCUACUGGUUCCCGAAUAAGCAGAGUUGCCUUGUGGGCCUUAACCAUUUCUACAGAUCACUGCUUCCUUGUGUUUGUCCUGGUGUCGUGCACUGAUUACAAACACUGAAGACCUGAAUCUCGGUAUCAGGGCAACUGCCUCCAGGAAACUGCCCCCAGACAAUUGACACAUUGAGGAAACUGCCCCCAGACAAUUGCCACAUUGAGGAAACUGCCCCCAGACAAUUGACACAUUGAGGAAACUGCCCCCAGACAAUUGACACAUUGAGGAAACUGCCCCCAGACAAUUGACACAUUUAGGAAACUGCCCCGAGACAAUUGCCACAUUGAGGAAACUGCCCCCAGACAAUUGACACAUUGAGGAAACUGCCCCCAGACAAUUGACACAUUGAGGAAACUGCCCUUAGAUAAUUGCCACAUUUAGGAAACUGCCCCCAGACAAUUGACACAUUGAGGAAACUGCCCCCAGACAAUUGACACAUUUAGUAAACUGCCCCCAGACAAUUGACACAUUUAGGAAACUGCCCCCAGACAAUUGACGCAUUCAGGAAACUGCCCCUAGACAAUUGACACAUUGAGGAAACUGCCCCUAGACAAUUGACACAUUUAGGAAACUGCCCCCAGACAAUUGCCACAUUGAGGAAACUGCCCCCAGACAAUUGACACAUUGAGGAAACUGCCCCCAGACAAUUGACACAUUGAGGAAACUGCCCCCAGACAAUUGACACAUUUAGGAAACUGCCCCCAGACAAUUGCCACAUUUAGGAAACUGCCCCCAUACAAUUGACACAUUGAGGAAACUGCCCUUAGACAAUUGACACAUUUAGGAAACUGCCCCCAGACAAUUGACACAUUGAGGAAACUGCCCCUAGACAAUUGACACAUUGAGGAAACUGCCCCCAGACAAUUGACACAUUUAGGAAACUGCCCCCAGACAAUUGACACAUUGAGGAAACUGCCCCCAGACAAUUGCCACAUUGAGGAAACUGCCCCUAGAAAAUUGCCACAUUGAGGAAAGCGCUCCUAGACAAAUGACACAUUGAGGAAACUGCCCCUAGAAAAUUGCCCCAUUGAGGAAACUGACCUAGAUAGUGGGUAAAGAUUCUGAUUUAAUUUACAAAGAUUCUGAUUUAGAUACAAGAAAUAACUGAUCCUCGGUGCUGUUUUAUAUAAUCUCGCGGUCUCACUUCCUUAAUAUAUUCUGAUUGCCACGUGGAUUGCACAUCUUCGUACCGAAUACUCACUUUUGGUUAUCAUAUUUACUACCUUAGACUGUUCGUGUACGAUUGAGUUCUGAUUUAGGUCUCACAGAGAUGGCCUACAACUCAUGUUCCUUGUUGUUGCCUUGGACUAAACAUCAAACAAAUCCAGAGAUAAAUUGUCAUUACAUUUCAUUUGUAUGGACCCAAACCAGGCAAACUGUUUUUAAUACCAUCCGAUCCAAAUCAAAUUUACGGAUGAAAAACAAAUCCUGUACAAUGCCUUUUUUACCUACCAACCUUAUUUAUCUCUAUCAAAAACGACUCGUGAAGAUACGGGGUAGAAUAGGUCUU